AGAUAACAAUAAAAGUUUUCUUCUGCAAUAUAUGUUUUCUGUUGGCGGUAAUUCUGUGAGUAGGGAUCGCUUUUUUUAUUUAAAAAUCUCACUGGGCAACCAAAGACAAAAAAAGUCCCCCGACUCCGAGCCCGACCGUGAUGUGUGUCUCCGUCUGUCUGUCAGACCCAGUGAGCUGCAGCCUGGUCCAGUCAGUGAUGUCCAUGGCCUCGUCCCACUCGCAGCACUCCCACAUCAGCACUGACACCAUGUCCUCCAUGUCAGGGUCCUACCUGGCCGGGGCCGAGGGCGAGCCCGGGGGGGACGAGGGGGAAGAUGCUGAGGGCGAGGAGAACCAGGACGCCCCCAUGGAGAGCCGAGGACCGUCGCAGCAGUACGGGGAGUUUUCCCAGGAGCCAAAGGAACAAAACUACUCAGUGGCUGUAGAGGAGCAGGAUUCAGAGGGAAACGAUGUCACUGAAGAGGACUGCUCCUCGCCGUCCAACGGGAAAGACUGAAACAAUCUACCUGUGUACCUGUGAGUUACCGAAUGACCUUUCAGUUCUUUAGGAGACAAGCGGACCUGUGCUGCCUGACAGACUGUGAAUGUGCACACGCGCUGUAGGAUGUGUGUUUGCAUCUUGUGCACCAGCAGCGCUGCCAGACAGCUUCUGUAUGUGCCCUGUCUGUGUCUCUGUGCUGAGCUGCCAAUCAUCCAGUCAUCCUCUUCCUCAUUAGCACACACACGCUGCACACACACACACACACACACACACACUCAGGCUUGCUGCAGGCAUGAGGCACUUGAUGAAACCUGUCAGUAUCUGUUAUCUGGCCACGCUGGAAAAGGCAGGAAGAUGCUCAUCCAGACAGUUUAUACUAAUAUUUCUGUCUCAUUUGUCUGCUCGCCUGAUUAAUGAGAACAUAGACACUAAAAUCAGAAGAUCAUUCACUCCAGUGUGUCGUGCUAAAAUAUCAGCAAACACUGUUGAGUGACGAGUUAAGACAUGAAUAACAUGUAUACAGAGCGGUGGCUUCAAAACAAAAUGGCAGGUAGUUUUAAAGAUACAAGUCUGCUUAUAAAAUUCAAGGAAAACACAAAAUAUAACAUAUAAACUUUUAUU